CAGACUUUCACUCAGCAGUGUAGUUUGAUCACAAUGGCAUCUCUGAAGUUAGUCUUCAGUGUGACUCUUUUCAUCUUGGAGAGUGAUCAGAUGACCAGUCUGCCCUCGUAUGUUCAUCAGGAGAGAGAUUUUUUAUCAGCUGAUGUUGGAGACAUCAUCACUUUGAGAUGUUACUCUAAGGCUAAUUUGGUGAACAGGUUUUACUGGUAUAAGCAACCCAUUGGAGACAAACCCAGGCUCAUAUCUUCCUUCUAUCAGUCCAGUAAACUGGUUUCAUUUUAUGAUGAGUGUAGCAACAACCCACGUUUCUCACUGGACGCUGGAAAUGGUCAGAAUCACUUAAUCAUCUCAGAUGUACAAACGUCUGACACAGCUUCUUACUACUGCGCAGCUAGCUACUCAAUCACAUUUGAACUGGCAGAGGGCACUUUAGUCAGCGUGAAGGGUUCAGGUGUGAGCGUCCCAGCUCUGGUCCAUCAGUCAGAGUCUGAAACCAUCCAGCCAGGAGGCUCUGUGACUCUGAACUGUACAGUCCACACUGGGACCUGUGAUGGAGAACACAGUGUUUACUGGUUCAGAAACUCUGAGGAAACUCAUCCAGGACUCAUUUACACCCAUGGAGGCAGGAAUGAUCAGUGUGAGAGGAACCCUGACACAGAAACAAGCACCUGUGUCUACAACCUGUCACUGAAGAGUGUGAGUCUUACCCAUGCUGGGACCUACUACUGCGCCGUGGUCUCCUGUGGACACAUACUGUUUGGAGACAGGACCAGACUGGUCACUGAAAAUGUGGAGAUCUCCUCAGUCCUGGUGUAUUUCUUGAGUGGAGCGCUCACAUUCACCACCACCCUCAGUCUUUUCAUGGCUCUAAUUCUGUUUGUUCACUGGAAGAGAAACAGCCAUAAAGGCCAUAGAGGCACUUUGACUGCUUCAGUGAUAAAUGUGCAGGGCCACCCUAAUGAGGAAGAUCUCCAUUAUGCUGCUGUAGGGGUGAACAGAGCCAGCCAGCCAAGAAGACAUGAAUACAAGAGAGAGGAUGAAUGUGUGUACUCCAGAGUUAAACAAUAAUUCCAUAUAAAGCGUUAUUUCAUAGAAGCUGCACAGUGCUGCAGAGACGCUUCCAGGGUGAGAGGUCACCUUUGAUCGAAGCAAAGUGCUACACAUCUGGAACACAGCUGUUGUAUGUAUGCAUAAGGGUUACAGCAUGCCAUCAGUCACAGGGAAUUAACCUGACACACAACAUACACUGUUUCAUUUCUCCAUUGUAUGAAUAUAGGCUGUCCUAUCAAGGGGAACAAUGUCAACUUUCAUAACUUUGGGAAAAUAAACAUCAAA